CCUAAAUGGGAACCAUACACUCCAGAAUAUGGAGGCUACAUCGAUGUAUCUUUCUCAUAUUCUGCUGACCUGUGGCCGUGGUCUGGCUAUUUGGCUAUCUCUAUCACCGCCUCCAAGGAAGCUGCUUCUUGGGAUGGUGUUGCCAAAGGCCAGGUCACUGUCGUCAUUGAAUCACCCCCAGAGGAAGAUGAAACCGAACCCAGGCAGUCAACCAUUGUGCUGCCAGUGAGGGCAAAGAUUAUACCCACUCCACCAAGAAACAAACGAAUUCUGUGGGAUCAAUACCACAAUCUUCGUUACCCUCCCGGCUACUUCCCCAGGGAUAACCUUCGCAUGAAGAAUGACCCACUGGACUGGAAUGGAGAUCACAUUCACACAAACUUCAAAGACAUGUAUCAACACCUCAGAGAGAAGGGAUAUUUUGUGGAGGUUUUAGGCUCACCAUAUUCUUGUUUUGAUGCCAGUCAGUACGGCACUCUUCUCGUUGUAGACCCAGAAGAGGAAUAUUUCAGCGAGGAGAUUACUAAACUGAAGCGAGACAUCGACAAUGGCCUCUCUCUCAUCAUCUUCGCUGACUGGUACAACGUAUCAGUGAUGAAGAAAGUCAAGUUCUAUGAUGAAAACACUAGGCAGUGGUGGAUGCCAGAUACAGGAGGAGCAAAUAUUCCUGCCCUGAACGAUUUACUGGCUCCUCUUGGUAUGGCUUUUAGUGAUACAGUCUAUGAAGGCGACUUCAGGAUAGGAGACCAUGACAUGUACUAUGCAUCUGGUACAAGCAUAUUAAAGUUUCCUGACGAUGGCCUCAUUUUGACUGAAACAUUGAAAAAUCAAGGGUUUGAGGUGAUGAAAGCCAGCACCUGGACUGUGUCAGAUGUGCCCAUACUGGGUCUGUAUCAGGUCGACACCGGUCCUAGCUCAGGGAGGGUGGCCUUGUAUGGCGACUCCAACUGCCUGGACUCAAGCCAUCUUCAGAAAGAUUGUUUCUGGCUGUUGAGUGCACUCCUGGAGUACACUGCUCACGACUCUCUGCCAGGAGUGCUGUCUAACCUAAAUAAAGCUGUGCUUCCCCCAGCUGUUGAGUUGCCAACUAGGAUGGAAGGAAACCACCUGCAUCGUUACUCCAAGGUCAUAGAAGGCAGUCUAGGCACAGCUCAUCCACGACCUCUGCCCCCGUGUCCAAGUCUGGUGUGGGCCAAGCCUUACCCUAUAAAUAAAACAGCGCCCUCAAACCUUUACCAGCCUCAGAAUAUCAAACUCCUCUCCAUCGACCUCAAUGCUCCAGCUGUUCCUGCCAACCACCCAGACGUGGAUUUAGGCCCCGCCGCAGGUGGAGACUCACCAGGCAUUGGUCUGCAGUCGCAUCUCUCCAGUCAAAUGCUGACCCAGGACCGGUUCACUUGGUUCCCGGUUCUGGCUGUCCUCGGAACCAGUCUGGUGGCUCUGUUCUUAUUCAACCAGUACUACAGGUACAAGUCUCGGCCGAAGAUUCGUAGACGGCCGAAGGCUAGGAAGUUCACACAGACUAUGUACGGGGGCAAGACACCACGAGUCUGA